GUAGAGUUUUCCUUGUCACCUAAAAAUUAAGAAGCUAAACAAAAUGUCUAAACUCAUGCUGCCGUUUCAUGAGCAUCCUAUGACAAUUUCGAACCUAUACAACCAUGCUUGCGAUUUUUGCCCUGGAAGACCGAAACCUGGCACCAUAUUUUUUUGCGAGAAGUGCGACUUGGAUCUGCACAAGGGAUGUGCCGGCAAAUUCCUCAACAACUCAUCUCGCUGUAAUCACUCUCUCAAGAUUUUCCAAGGUAGGUUCGGACAGUUCGGUGAAGAUGACGACUACCAAUGCCAUUAUUGUCAACAAAAUGUAGGAUUUCAUUUUGCUCGUUGCACGAUAUGCAACAUAAGCAUCGACGAAAAGUGUCUGCGAAAUCCACCACCACUCACUAUUUUCCAACCAAAGCACCACAAGCAUAGCCUCUUCCUCUUGGGAAGACUAGUCGCAUUUACUUGUAAUGCAUGUGGUGUGGAAGGCGACCGCAAUCCUUAUAUAUGUAUUGAAUGCAAUCUGAUGCUCCACAAAGAGUGUACUGAUCUACCAAGGGUCAUAAGCAUAAAUCGUCAUGAGCAUCGCAUAUCUCAUACCUUUCAUCUUGGCAAAGGAGAAGGCGUUUGGGAGUGUGGAGUUUGUCGGAAGACGAUUGAUUGUGUCUAUGGAGCUUUUAUAUGCUCUCGCUGUCCCAGUAGUUAUGCUGUUCAUUCAAGAUGUGCAACAAGAAAAGAAGUAUGGGAUGGGAUAGAACUCGAAGAUGUGCCAGAAGAAGAUGAAGAACUCGAAGAUCCAUUCAAGGUAAUUAAUGAAAAAGGAGAUAUUGUUCAUUUUAGUCAUGAAGAACACGUUCUCAGAUUGGAUGUGAAUUAUGUUCAUGAUAAUGAUACUAUGUGCUGUGGAGGUUGUAUUCUUCCCAUCAAUGAUGAUCCAUGCUACAAGUGCGUGGAAUGUGAUUUCUGCCUUCACAAAGGAUGUGCUAGUCUUCCUCGAAAGAAAGCCCAUUUUUUGCACAACCAUAAAAUUAGCCUACGGGCUCAUAAGGAUGACGUUUAUGUAGAUAAAUGCGGAGCUUGUAAAACUUAUUCUAAUGGUUUCAAGUACGAGUGUCACGACAAAAGCAGCUGUAGAGGUAAUAUAAAGUAUGAUAUCCGUUGUAGCUCCAUAUCAGAGCCGUUUCACCAUGAUGAUCUGCAUCCACAUCCUUUAUAUUGGACCUUGGAAGAAACCAAACAGUGUAAGGCUUGUGGCACAGAGAUACUUAAGCCUUUAAGUUGUUUGGUGUGUGAGUAUGCUCUAUGUAUAAGGUGUGCUACUUUACCAAAAAAGGUAAAACAUAGGUGUGAUGAUCACUUCUUGUCACUAUGCCAUGAUGCUGGAAACUCGAGCGGUGACUUGUGGUGUGAUAUUUGUGAGACCAAGACCGAUCCAAGUGUAUGUUACUACACUUGUGAUAAGUGUGGGGUCAGUCUCCAUAUUAAUUGUGUACUAGGAGAUUUAUAUUAUACGAAGGUAGGACUCGUCUAUCCUGGUCUUGAAGUACUUCCCAACAAUGGUGCUACUCGACCUUUCUGCAACAGCUGUAAAGUUCGUUGCAAGUUCAGCUUCCUUAUGAAGCAAACUCUAGGAGACCUUGUUCGUUACUUUUGUUCAAUACGUUGUAUUCCUAGAGCAAGGUAACUAUAAUCAUCCAAAU